GCGAGUGCUGAAGCAGCUCUGAUUCGCGAAGGACGCGCUCACUUGCUCGUCCGCCUUUGCCGUAGAAGGGAAUAGAACCGCGAACGUUUGUAGGCAGCAACGCGGCGCAUGGGUUGCCGGGUGGAAGCGAGCGCAGAAGUUCGGAGAGACGCAGCUGCGUAAAAACGCACCGGGAGACACGCUUCUGUCGCGCGCCGGUCACUCACGGACCUCUCACUUGAGCAUUCGGCGCAUUUUGACGCACACAGCCACUUUUUAAGUUUGUUUUUGCCGUGUUGAGCGGCAGAAGUGGACAUUGUCCCCCCCGGAACUGAGCUCCAGAAGCCCGUCAGCUGUCGCCAGCGCUCCCGCUUGUUUGAUGGAUUUAUAAACUCACAUUUGCGGUUUGGUUUCCCCUUAUAUCGAGCUUCUUUUGGGACUUGAAAGCGAUACACUGUUGGACUAAACCACCAAAUGAGGAUACUCAGUCGCGUCGAGCGGGACGAGGAGUGAUUCCCCCCGUGGAGCAAGCGGCGUCCUGCGUGGGGACUGUCCCGCUGGAGAAGGAUCCGAGUUUGUGGCUUUUUGGAGGUUUCCAAUGCCAGGGUCGGGAGUGUGAGGCCGUCUCCGGGCUUCAAGAGAACAUUCUGACCUCCACAGCUCAUCACAUCUAAGAUGGCCAGCGUGUGCUUGCUCUGCGUUCUCCUGCUGGGCUUAAGAGUUUCAGCCAGAGCCGUCGACGACGGAAGAACUCGAGAUCACCGGGUUCCAAGGCCUCUGAUCCUUCCGGGUUACCCAGAAAACACCACAGCACUUGUGGGGGGUCAGGCAAAACUGGUGUGUAAAGUCCACCGGCCCAUUUCUACAAAGGUACAAUGGCUAAAAACUGACCUCAGCGGAAUGGACAGAACUCAGGAAGGACAGCCACGACUCAGAACACUGACGCCUCUGCAGAGCAACGCUUCCAAGGUUAACACCUUGCAUCUAUCCAAUGUCACCAUGGAAGAUGGUGGCGAGUACAUCUGCCUGGCAGAAAGCCACCAUGGAGGGAAGAGGGUCCAGGCCAUGCAGUCGGCUUGGCUUGUCGUCCUUCCUGGGACGAUCCUUUCCAAAACUGCAGAUGGGGCUGUUGCAGAAACUCCUUCAGAUGUGCUUGAAGAUCUAAACGAGGACACCACAGAGCACCUUCUGCUGGAGCCUGGGAACAUUUUGAAACUGCGGUGUGACAUGACCACUCGGCCUGGCAUGGCAGUCAACUGGUACAAAGAGGGAAUCAGGAUUACGCCGACGCCCCGUGUCCAGAUCCGUGGCACCAUCAUGGAGAUAACCGAUGUCACAUACGAGGAUUCGGGAGUUUACGUCUGUGUUCUCAGAGGUGCCAAGGAGCCAGUCAGAAACUUCACGAUAACUGUGGCCGAUGCACUGGGGUCAGGGGAUGAUGAUGAAGACAACGACCUGGAAGACUCGUCAACUGAGGCAGAAAACGACCAAGUUUACUUCUCCAGAGGUCCCUACUGGACUCACACCCAGCGGAUGGAUAAGAAGCUGUACGCAGUUCCAGCAGGCAACACAGUCAAGUUCCGCUGCCCAGCGAUGGGCAGCCCAAUGCCAAGCAUCCGCUGGCUCAAAAAUGGACGUGAGUUCAGAGGUGAACAUCGUAUUGGAGGUAUUAAGCUGAGACAUCAGCAUUGGAGCCUGGUGAUGGAGAGUGUUGUGCCCUCAGACCGAGGAAAUUACACCUGCAUUGUUGAAAACAAAUAUGGCUCCAUCGCUCACAGCUACGUCCUUGAUGUCUUGGAACGCUCUCCUCACCGGCCUAUCCUGCAGGCCGGACUGCCAGCCAACACUACAGCAGUUGUAGGCACCGACGUCCAAUUCCACUGUAAGGUCUAUAGUGAUGCUCAGCCCCAUAUUCAAUGGCUCAAACACAUCGAGAGGAAUGGGAGCCGCUACGGCCCUGACGGUACACCCUACGUACAAGUUCUCAAGACCGGCAGUCUGAACAUGUCAGAAGUUGAGGUGCUCUACCUUUCGAAAGUGACCAAGGAAGAUGCCGGAGAGUACACUUGUCUCGCUGGAAAUUCCAUUGGCUUUGCUCAUCAAUCUGCUUGGCUCACUGUCAUUUCAGAGGAAGAAGCAGCUGACACGAUGGACACGAUGGAAACCAAGUACACAGAUAUUAUAAUCUACGCUUGUGGUUUCCUGGCCUUGAUCAUGGCCAUCAUCAUAGUGGUGCUAUGCAGAAUGCAAGUCCACCCCAGGAGAGAGCCUUUUGAUGCCCUUCCUGUACAAAAGCUCUCCAAGUUCCCUCUUCGCAGACAGUACUCUGUGGAUUCCAACUCAUCUGGAAAGUCCAGCGCGUCUCUAAUGAGAGUGGCUCGCCUUUCUUCGAGUUGCUCUCCAAUGCUGGCGGGUGUAAUGGAGUUUGAGUUGCCCUACGACCCAGACUGGGAGUUUCCACGAGAGAAUUUAACUUUAGGGAAACCUCUGGGAGAAGGCUGCUUUGGUCAAGUGGUUAGAGCUGAUGCGUACGGUCUCAACAAGGACGCCCAGGAUCAGGCCAACACUGUGGCAGUCAAGAUGCUGAAAGACGAUGCCACAGACAAAGACCUCGCAGACCUCAUCUCGGAGAUGGAGCUGAUGAAGGUGAUGGACAAACAUAAGAACAUAAUCAACCUUCUAGGAGUCUGCACUCAAGACGGCCCCCUGUACGUUCUGGUGGAAUACGCUUCUAAAGGGAGUCUCCGCGAGUACCUACGAGCACGGCGUCCUCCAGGCAUGGACUACACCUUUGAUGUGACCAAGGUCCCAGAGGAGCAGCUCACCUUCAAAGACUUGCUGUCCUGUGCCUAUCAGGUGGCCAGAGGGAUGGAGUACCUCGCGUCCAAAAGGUGCAUUCACAGAGAUUUGGCAGCUAGGAAUGUUCUAGUGACAGAGGACAACGUGAUGAAGAUUGCCGACUUCGGUCUUGCCCGAGGAGUACAUCAGAUCGACUACUACAAGAAAACAACCAACGGGCGGUUGCCAGUGAAGUGGAUGGCACCGGAGGCAUUGUUCGACCGGGUCUACACACAUCAGAGUGACGUCUGGUCGUUUGGCGUUCUCAUGUGGGAAAUCUUCACACUUGGUGGCUCGCCAUAUCCUGGUAUUCCUGUUGAGGAACUCUUCAAGCUGCUAAAGGAAGGGCACCGAAUGGACAAACCCUCCAACUGCACACAUGAACUCUACAUGAUGAUGCGGGAGUGUUGGCAUGCCGUUCCCACACAAAGACCAACAUUCAAACAGCUGGUAGAGGAGUUGGACAAAGUUCUGCUGUCUAUCUCUGAUGAGUAUUUGGACCUGUCGACACCUUUUGAGCAGUACUCCCCAUCGUGUGAAGAUACGUCAAGUUCAUGCUCCUCAGACAACGACUCCGUUUUCACCCACGAUGCCUUGUCUACUGACCCCUGUCUCCUGGGCUACCAGGAUGUGCGUUCACGGAUAGACAUGAAGGCGACGCUCCGGUAGACCCCUGAAUUCAGAUAUGAACUGACACCAGCCAGGAAGGACCGUCCACCGGAGGUUCAUCUUGGCGCCUGAAACAUUUGAACGGACCUUUGUGGUAAUGAGUUAGCCGGGUGGUUACACAAACAUUCUCAAAAAUGUACAUGGAGCACUGAGGCCAGUGGGUCUCAUUACGAGAACACAAACUCAGCCACGCCACAGAUGCACAGACAGCGGGAAACAGCGGCACUAAACACAGCAGACGGAACUUUACGACUCGAAGGCCUCUUCUUUUCAUUUUCCUCCGCAGAGGUGACAGACAAUGAUCGCACAACUCCAAGCACGAGCGUUGGCGAUAAAGACAUUUAAAUAAAAGAUCUAUUUUGCUACGAUAAGAAACGGACUGUUAAAUAUAAAUCUCUCUAUAUAAGAUUAUUUUACUUUUUGGUGUUGCUUAUUUAAAAUAAAGAAAAGUCUUAAAUCUCAGGAUGUGAUGUGCUAAAAAAAAAGAAGUUUCUGUAGUGCCGGCGAAGUGCCUCAAUUUUCAGAUUUCCUGUGAAUAUAUUAGAAUAUUAAAAUAUUGUAAUGUACAUAUCAACUGCAGCAUAAAUGACGAUUGCCUUUUGAUAAAUUAUUCUGAAUAUGAAGGUUGUCAACACAGAGUUGAGUUUAAUAUUUUAAAAGGGUCAGUCUAUCAGUUGCCUUAUUAAUAUUCAAUGGAGGAAUUCUGACAUAUUAAGUGCAUGUACAUGAGGUUGUUCCAAACAAAUAGGGCAAUAUUUCACUAUCAGAACGUUGAAGAAUAUUUGGAGAAAAUAUCGUGUCUGUUGAUCCUCAGUUGAAUGUUGCUAAAGCUGCUGCAGACCUGACCCUAACUAAAUUUCACACUGUAAUGUUCCAGUUUCAUUUCAAAAUACUUUCACUGUUGAAAGUUCAUGCCGAGUUUUUUGUAAUGAAACACCCUCAUUAUCACUGUGUAUGAAGUUGUUUCCAAAUGUGUUACAUAUUCUGCCGACUGUAUUCUCGCCUCGUGGCCUGAUUGCCUGAGACAGUGUGUCCAGGGUGGGACUCGUCCUCAAAGGAGGGGUGACUCUGUGGGGAGUGGGUCCAAGCCCACUGUCACCGCAGACACGCAGAGAGGAGCAGGGGGAGGGUGUGGUUAGACACUGAAUGUGAAAGCCAGUGUGAUUGAUUUCAAAUAGAGGAUAGGGUUGUGUGGGGGGGGGGGACUCCUCCAUUGUCUGUGGUAACCCUUCACCCAACCCAAUCUGUUGGCGAGGGGUCCUCAGGUCUGCAGCCGGGCCGGACAAUGAAGGCUUUUGCAGGCAUAAUGGGUGUGACUGUGGACCAGAGGGAAUUUCGGGGUCGCUGGUGAGGGGAUAGCUUGUGCUUGUGUGCAAAUGAAGAGACUCUUAUUAUGUUAAUUUCUCCUCUUCUCCAACAAAUGCCCCCUAUCUUCAUCCCCAGUCGCCAUCUUUUAAAUUACAAAUCUUAAUUCAGCCACUCUGACCAGCUGCAGACAAGUCCCCAGUGAGACCCCGAAUUAGAGGAGACCCAGGAGCUACGCCGGGAAGACGGCCCAACGUAGAAAUCCACACGCUUCAGUACACAAAUUUACAAGCAGCCCUGUUUUAAUGGUUAUUUUGGAAUGAAGCUCUUACAUUCUGUAUGUACAAAAAUGGAUAUAUUUGCAUCAUCACAUUCCAUGUAUCUGUACUUUCUGUUCCAGAAACAAUCACAGCGUUCCUACACAUUUCCUUGAGAGAAUUACUUUAGAAAUAUCUAAUUUAUUUGUUU